UCUUGUCUCAUUAAUAUAUAUAUAUAUAUGGACGUCAGCGUUCUACCCCCGCCCUCGUUGAACUUGCUGUGUAGUUUUAACAGGCAUUAAGUUCAGUCGUGGACAGAUAGUGCACCAACCCACAUGACUGGCGUGUAGGUAGAGACUUUUCGCUGCGUAGAAGUGGCUAAAAAAAAAAGGAAUGUAACGAUACGAACUACCUAACUAGAAGAACUUGAGCAGACGGACAUACAAAGGGACGCAUUUUUUUUCUCUGUGUUGCAAAGCUGUGGCUUGUUGGAGAAAGUCUUGUGCUCUGCUUGGUGUAUGUUCAAAUCGGAGGAGUGCAUUGUUGCGGUGAAUCGGCCAGACACGGUCUAGUUUCCAAGCAGAGCGACCCGAGAGGCAAAGGCAACACCAGAGGCAUGAUUUUGAGACGGGGCUCGGUUGUUGGCGUUGCUGAUUUUUGCUUACAUGCCUUAUUGUUGUGCUUUUGUGCAAAGGUGGCCGAGGGAACGGGUCAGUUCGAGUUGGAAAUCUUAUCGAUGAACAACCUGAACGGCGAGCUUCUUAACGGGCUGUGUUGCGACGGCUCACGGAACGCCGGGGAUCGGAAAUGCAGGAUGGAUGAGUGUGAUACGUAUUUUAAAGUGUGUUUGAAGGAAUACCAGUCGCGGGUCUCGGCUGCGGGACCUUGCAGCUUCGGGUCCGGUUCUACCCCUGUCCUUGGAGGGAAUACAUUUUCUUUGAAGAACUUGGCGAGGAACGAAAGAUCCAAGAUCGUUUUGCCGUUCAGUUUCGCCUGGCCGAGGUCCUACACGUUGAUAGUGGAAGCCUUGGACGCCAAUAACGACACCAGUGGUGGCGAUGGUCAAAUGAUCGAGAAGGCGUCCCACAGUGGGAUGAUCAACCCCAGUCACCAGUGGCAGAAGCUCAGCCACAACGGUCCUAUUGGUCAGUUUGACUAUCAGAUCCGGGUCAGCUGUGACGACCACUACUAUGGCUUCGGAUGCAACAAGUUCUGCCGGCCCCGAGACGAGUUCUUCGGACACUACACCUGCGACUACAACGGGAAUAAGACCUGUCUGGAGGGCUGGUCUGGACUAGAAUGUAACACACCCAUCUGCCGGCAGGGCUGCAGUACAGAACAUGGACACUGUAAAGAGCCAGGUGGCUGCAAGUGUCUGUAUGGCUGGCAGGGGCAGUACUGUGAUCAGUGUAUUCCUCACCCUGGCUGUGUCCAUGGGACCUGUGUUGAACCAUGGCAGUGUCUGUGCGAUACCAACUGGGGAGGACAUCUCUGUGACAAAGAUCUGAACUUCUGUGGGACCAAACAGCCCUGUCUGAAUGGAGGAACCUGCAGCAACACAGGACCUGACAAAUACCAGUGCUCCUGUGCUGAGGGCUACUCUGGGGUCAGCUGUGAGAGGGCAGAGCAUGCAUGUCUGUCCAACCCCUGUUCUAACGGAGGGAGCUGCGUUGAGACCAGUCUGGGUUAUGAGUGCGUCUGUGCCCCUGGCUGGAGCGGACCCUUCUGUAGCAUCAACGUUGAUGAGUGCUCUCCUAACCCCUGUAACCAUGGCGGGACCUGUCAGGAUCUGGUGAAUGGUUAUAAGUGUCACUGUCCACCUCAGUGGACCGGCAAGACCUGCCUCAUCGAUGCCAACGAAUGCGACAGCAAGCCCUGUGUCAACGCCAACUCUUGCCGCAACCUGAUUGGUGGAUACUUCUGCGAGUGCGUUCCUGGUUGGACGGGCCAGAAAUGUGACAUCAAUAUCAAUGACUGCAAGGACCAAUGUCAGCACGGAGGAACCUGCAGGGACUUGGUGAAUGGGUACCGCUGUGUGUGUCCGGCGGGCUACUCUGGAGACCACUGUGAGAGAGAUGUGGAUGAGUGUGCCGGCUCUCCCUGUCUGAACAGUGGGCGAUGCCAAGACCAGGUUAACGGAUUCACCUGCCUCUGUAUGGUAGGAUUCUCGGGACAACUCUGUCAGUUGGACAUAGACUACUGCCUCCCCAACCCGUGUCAGAAUGGUGCUUCAUGUUUCAACCUGGCUACAGACUACUACUGUGCCUGUUCAGAUGACUACGAAGGAAAAAACUGCUCUCACCUCAAAGACCACUGUCACACCACCACGUGUAAAGUGAUUGACAGCUGCACGGUUGCCGUGGGGUCCAACAGCACCCCUGGAGGGGAGCGGUUCAUCUCCUCUAACGUGUGUGGCCCUCACGGCCGCUGUCGGAGCCAGGCUGGAGGACAGUUCAGCUGUGACUGUCAGGAGGGGUUCAGAGGCACAUACUGCCACGAGAAUAUUAAUGAUUGUGAGAGUAACCCGUGUGAUAAUGGAGGAACCUGUAUUGAUAAAGUCAGUGUAUACCAGUGUAUCUGUGGAGAUGGAUGGGAGGGGGAUCACUGUGAGACCAAUAUUGAUGACUGCAGCACUAGUCCCUGUCAUAAUGGAGGAACAUGUCGAGACCUGGUGACUGAUUUCUACUGUGAGUGUAAGAACGGCUGGAAGGGGAAGACUUGCCACUCCCGUGAGAGCCAGUGUGAUGAGGCUACCUGUAACAACGGAGGAACAUGCCAUGACGAGGGAGACACCUUCCAGUGCAAAUGCUCUCCUGGAUGGGAGGGGGCUACCUGUAAUAUAGAUAAGAACAGCAGCUGUCUUCCUAACCCCUGUGAGUACGGGGGGACCUGUGUGACCAGCGGGGACUCCUUCACCUGCGUCUGCAAGGAGGGCUGGGAGGGAGACACCUGUAAACAGAAUACCAACGACUGCAACCCACACCCAUGUUAUAACAGUGGGACGUGUGUGGAUGGUGAUAACUGGUAUCGAUGUGAAUGCGCUCCAGGCUUCGCUGGGCCAGACUGCAGGAUCAAUAUCAAUGAGUGCCAGUCUUCUCCCUGUUUCUCCGGUGCUAGCUGUAUUGAUGAGAUCAAUGGCUACCGCUGCCUGUGUCCCCAAGACAGAGCUGGACCACGUUGUCAGGAAGUGACACAGAGACCGUGCUCAGUGAGCGGUCGCCCGACCCCUGAAGGAGCGAAGUGGGAGGAGGACUGUAACACCUGCCAGUGUUUUAAUGGGAAGGUGGUGUGUACCAGGAUGUGGUGUGGUCCUAAGUCGUGCCGGGUCAGCGGUGGGGUCAAAGGUCGAGGCAGCGGAGGGGGCGGGGCCGGGUGUCUGUCUGGUCAGAGCUGUGUACCAAUCAGGGAGGAGCAGUGUUUUGUCCGGCCGUGUCAGAAUCUUGGGGAGUGCUACCCUUCAUCCCCACCACAACCAACCACCAAAUGCCACCCCAGCUCUGGUUACCACGACAACAGCUGUGCCAACAUCACGCUCACGUUCACCAAAGAGACCAUGCCCAGGGGUCUGAGUAUCGAGGCAGUGUGUAAGCAGCUGAGACUGUACGUGGUGAAGAAUGUGUCCUCUGAGUAUUCUGUUUCCAUAACCUGUGACCCUUCAACCUCCGCUAGCAACGAGAUCCAUCUCAGCAUUUACACAGAGGACCCGCGGAUGGACAGAUCACCUAUAAAGGAGAUAACAGAUAGUAUCGUUGAUCUGGUGUCUAAACACAAUGGCAAUAACAGCAUCAUCACCGCCAUCGCCGAGGUCUGUGUGCAGCAGAGGCCCAGCGCCAGCCAGACAGACUACCUUGUGCCCCUGCUGUCCUCUGUCUUCAUUCUCUUCUGGAUCCUGGCGUUCGUCUCAGUUUUCCUGUACUGCGUGCGUCGCCGUCGGAAACAUGGCAAUCACCAUGGAAACGGAGCCUUGUCGUCCGCGGCGACGGAUGACAACACAACCAACAACGUGCGUGAGCAGCUCAACCAGAUCAAGAACCCCAUCAACGAGAAACACGCUGGAGGCGGCGGCGGCCAUCUCACAACAUCGGUGGCCAUCAAGGACUACGAGGAUAAGAACUCGAUUAUCGCCAAGGUACGAACACACCACCGCCCCCUAGAGGGGGAGGAGGACAACGACGAAGAGAGACAGAUGGGGAAUAAAGGAAGCUUCUCAGUUACAACCAAACAGCCUGCCUACACACUGGUGGAGCGGGAGGACCGGGGGACCACGCUGCAGCCCAGCUCCAAGCACCCUAACUGGACUAAUAAACAGGACAACAGGGUCCUGGAGACGGCACACAGCAUCAACAGGAUGGACUACAUCGUAUAGUAGGAAGUGACAUAUAGGAGGCAGGAAGUAAAACGCUGUGUAAAGAAUUCCCCUUCCUGGACGUUAUGGUCAUUCCGGCAACGUGGUCCUUCUGACACGCCGUGUUGACACUGUGUUGCCGUGCAACCAAGCCCUUUUGAUCUUGGUGAAGAGAGGACCAGGGGGGAGUGUUCUGGGAUUUGUAGUUUUGUAGUUCCUAAACUGUUGCGUCAUUAUUCUGUGACUACAAGGUUUGUUGCUUGGAUAUAAUGGAUCCCCGGGUACGUCAGAUGUGGCACCCUGUUCCCUAUUUAGUGCACUACUUUUGACCAGAGCCCUAUGGACCCUGUGUACGAUCUAGGGAAUAGGGUGCUGUUUCGGACGUAGCCCCUGACUGUGUUAAUUUAACACUAGCAAGGCUACACUGGCAGAGAAGGUUGCUUUGGUUGGCAGGAGAAAGUGGUGUUGCGUUUUCACAUUUCAAAACACAACACUUAUUCCCUAUUUAGUACACUACUUUUGAUCAGAGCCCUGUGUACGGAAUAGGGCGCCAUUUGAGACGCACUUAGUUUCAUGUAUUUGUGCUCUCUCUUCUCUAGUUUAGUUAUUAGCGUUUUCAGCUUGUCAUGAAAUGAAACCAAAAUAAAUACAACUUUAGAAUUAUUUAUUCUUUGGGGUGGGCGGGGUCGAUGUCGAUGUCAGCAGUUGCUGGCAAUAUGAAGAAUUUGUGUCGAUUUAGAAUGUGUAGAUAUGUACAUUUAUUUUUUAUUUUUUAUUAAUCAUUGUGUAUAUUUGAUUUAUUAACUUAAAUAAUAAUCAAGAGCCUUAAGAUAUCAUUCCUUUUUAUUUAUAUGUUCUGUCUCUAGAUUUAAGGUUCUGAUAGCUUCGUAAGCUUAGUUUCUUUUUUGAUAAUGUCAUUUGUUUUUAUUAUUUCACAAAAUGCAAAAAAAAAAAAAAAAAAGAAUUGAAAUAUUGUUUUCGUUUUUUUAUGAUUUCAUUUUUUUUUAUGAUUCUACAGCAUCCAUUGUUGCUGCUAGGGGGAAGAAGAAAUAAAAACGAAUACAAAAUAAAUAGUUGCUUUGGGUUGUAAACGAUUCAGAGAUUGAGUGUAGUGGCAGGCGUUUUGCUUGUCACUACUAAUUGAACAAAAAAGCCUUUAGCAGCAUCUAAAGUCACUCAUGAUCACGUAUUUCAGUCACAUACUUGUUUUUCAGUUUUCUGAGUAUAUCUGCCAACUUCUGGCAAAUCACACAAUCUAUCACACAUACAGUCACAGCUGGACCAAGGACGGGUCCCUAAUGGCACCCUAUUUCCUAUGGGGCCCUGGUCAAUAGUAGUGCACUAUAAAGGGAAUAGGGUGUUAUUUGGGAUGUAGUCUUAGAAUACUUGAAUGGUAGAGGGGUCAACAGCCAGAUCUGUUUGUGCUGUCAUGCCAACUCCAUUGCAUGCAUGUUGCCCGACAAUGCAAUGGAUUUGGCAAGAUGGCACAAACCGAUCAGGGCCUGUAUUCAUAAAUUGUUUCAGAAUACGAGAGCUGAUCUAGGUCCUCCCUGAUCAUUUAAAAAUGUUAUUCAUUAUGUUGUUAUCUUAAGUUAAAACAGAUCCUAGAUCAGCACUUCUCCUCUGAGACUCUUUGUGAUUGGGGGCCCCGGGACUCUGUCGAAUCAGAUCGGAUCCACGCCACCUUCCUUAUCUCUGAGGGGUAAUGCUACGAAGCAGCAUCAAUGAGUUAGCCAGCUGACUUUAAUAAACAACCAGAAAUAACUUUUGAUUUUAGUGUUCAUUAAAGUAACUGUCCAUAUUCUGUUAACUUAUACCCAGAUAAUGUUGUUGACUCGUCCUAUCCUGGUAUUUGUGUCCAUAAAUUGGAGAGGAAAAAAAAAAAACCUCAAACGGACCGUUUAAAAAAAUGCUUGCUAUUUCCUCAUAGAACAUGUCAUGUUGGCUCAUUAGCUGAGCUGGCCAAUCAGUGGUCUACUCACAUGAAUAUAUUUUUUGCCCAUUAUAUACCCACACCAUUAAAAACAUGGAAAAGCUGCUUUUUAACAUACUUUAAUUAUUUAUUUUUUUUGGAAGGAAAACCAUUUCACUCAUUGUAAUUCAUUAUAGGUAAUAUUGAUACAAAUCUGGGAACAGUGGACAGUUCCUAUAA